CAAAAAGAUCCUAUUGAUCGUAGGCUGACAUUGGUCAAUCUGAGAAUGCGUGAGAGCGAACUGCCCUAUGAGAUGGGGUAGACUUGGCAGCUAUCUGCGGCGCAGUCCGCGCAGCCCACGCAGCGAUGUCAGGGCACGCCGCAGUUCUGCAGCUCAUGCCUUCAGCGGCUUCGUUAAAGCAGUGAUAACCAGGAUCCCACGCUUAUUUUAUGGAGUGUAAUAUGCCAAUAUCUAUAGAGCGAAAAUUGCUAUACAAUCCGAUCCCAAUCUUGAGGCUAUCGUAGUCAAAAUCCAACCACGAUCACAGCGUCAGACGUCUUGAUCAAUACCUCUACGUUGAACCUCGAACCCGUUACCUCACAAUGUUCAAAAAUUCCGAGAUCCUAAGGGCCAGAGAGCAACAAGAAGAAGAUAGAAAAAGGUUGAAAGAGGAAGUUGACCUUCGCGGCAAGCAGGGACAGGACACAACCAAGGGCGAACAAGUGUGGUAUUCUCGCCGCGUCGACGACGGGUGUCUUUUACAUUGGGCCAUCAUCACGCAUGGCCAGAAACACGAGCUUCGCCUACCGAAUGGCAGUGUCCCGAAGCCGAGGGACAAGGUGCCAGAGAGCGAAAAGACCAGUUCGUUCGAGCCUGCUCGGGUAUAUGAAGCGAGGGUGGUUGCAUCGUCUUUGAAGGAAGAGAUGAAUAAGCUCAGGGCACUCAAGCUUUCGACACCGGCCAAGGGCUACCACACCCGCGACUACACCGUUUGUCAGAUCGGCUGGACAACGUUGACAAAAGACGAAGUCAAUACCGAAUGGGCUGCGGCGCGCUCAUCCAUCGCAGCUGAGGAUCUCGGAUACGACGACUGCCGGGAGCUGCUCAAGAAAUUCGGCGGCAUCAUCAAGAAACCUGAGGGAUGCGCGCUAGACUACGACUGGUUCACGGAAAGUCUCGAGACGCCAACUCAUAAACUCACCGAAAUCACACCGGACAAGGCCGUCAAGGGGUUCCAAAACUCGAUGCAGAACGGGCUGUGGGGUGUCGCUGCCUCGGGAGUGGGUGCCGGAAUAGUGUACGGCGCUUACGAGGCUGGGAAACAGAUGGAUCCCUUGAGGAGCGGCGCCAAUGCGGGCGGCAGUCUGGGUCCAGAUUGUUGUUGCGCUGGUUGCUAUUGCUGUACUGGUAUGGCGGGUGAUGGAUCUUGUUGGGAGUUUUGCACGCAUGCACCGUGUAUGGCCUUGAGCGGUGGCUGCACCUGUUGAUAGUCGGGUUCGUUUCCAAGAUGGAUGUUGUUCGAUCGAGGUCGCUUUAUGCAUAGAGUACAUAGCAAACGUAGAGUUCCUUCUAGCGGUUCUGAAUUCUAUACUACCUACAGUACC